AUGCAGAAAAGGCGGAAGGACGGGAAUUUGAAUCAGACCGUGUCCACGUACGCAGAACAAGUCAUUCAGGAUGGCGAAUGCUCCAAAGAAAGGAUCGAGCAGCUGGUCGGCAAGCUAAGGCCAUGCGAGCUAGGGCUGCCGAAGCAUUCAGAACAGGUCAUGGCUCUUCAGGAGCUGGCUCAGGUUGCUGCCAGGGACCAAGAGGUUGCUGCAUCCACAGGUACCAAUGAUGGAGUGUUCGAUUCAUCAGAGCACGUUGUGCAGGCCAUAGUCGCUAAUAACAAGAUAGGAUUGAUCCUUGAGCUUCUGGGAGACACUCUUCGUGAACUCCCUACGGUGCCUGCAGAGUCCAAUAGCCGGGUGCUUCUGUGCAGCGCCAUCAAGAGUCUUCUGAUUCUGGUGAAGUGCUGUUCAGAUACAUUGGAUGUGUUCGAGAUCUUCAACUAUCAAUCUUUCUUUACAGUCCUUUCGUAUGUUAGCAUCGUCACUGAGCUGGCAAAGCUGGAUAGCUCCAUUAGCGACUUCGCGUCCUUAUGUGCAAUACUUUACAUAUACUGUAUUUACAAUGCUGCCCGCCACGCAGAUCACAUGCAGAUGGGCGUCUCCGAUAAGCUCUUCAAGCUGAUGGAUACCCACAGAUGUGUUGCAACAGCACUGAAUUUAUACACUGACGGUAAUGUGAAUCUUUCGGAAGACUGUAUCAUAACACUGGCAGAGUUCCUAGCCGUCUUAGCCGAGUCGGAGAUGUUUCUGGACCAUGCGGAUACACACUUUGACCAGGGCACAAGCGCUUUAUUUCUGCAAUUCUAUGACAAAGAGAUAAAGGGAGCAAUGCAGAAUCAGGAGGAGCGACGAAAGCUGCUGUCUCUUGAAGAAAUAGUAAGUUUCAUUGGAAGAGAGCUGCCGGACGUGUGGUCGGCCUGUGCUAUUGAGGACAAACAAUGA